GGUUAUUAAUCGUUACUGUGGCGAAGUAACCGAUUUCCAUAUCAACAGAUAUGUUAAUCGGUGUAAUUUGCAACACUGACGGGACGAAGAGAUAACAAAUAUAGAAAGAAAAUAAAAUCCAAUUUGUUGAUUUAGCGAAAAUAGUGAAAACAGCGAAGGAAGUCUUAAUUAAAUUGUAUUUUAGCCAAAAUAUGAACAACAAUUUCUUCAUUUAGUUGUAAUAAUUAAUGUUUAAAUAAAAUAAUAGAAUAUGAUUGCGAACUCCAAUUCGACACAAACGACAUUCAAUUUCAAAGUUGUUCUGCUUGGGGAAGGCUGCGUUGGGAAAACGUCGAUUGUAUUGCGAUAUGUGGAAGACAAAUUCAAUUCACAGCAUAUAAGCACCCUUCAAGCAUCUUUCCUUAACAAGAAAAUGACCUUGGAGGAUGGCAAACGUGUACAGCUCAACAUAUGGGAUACUGCCGGGCAGGAACGCUUCCACGCGUUAGGUCCCAUCUACUACAGAGGAUCACAUGGUGCCAUACUUGUCUAUGACAUAACCGAUCAAGACUCCUUUCAAAAAGUCAAAAACUGGGUAAAAGAACUCAAGAGAAUGCUGGGGGCUGAUAUUGUCAUAACGAUUGUUGGUAAUAAAACAGACUUAGAAGCCCAGCGUACCGUUGAGCAAAGCGAAGCCAUCGAGUACUCAGAGAGUGUGGGUGCACAUUAUUUUGAAACAUCUGCCAAAGCAAACGAAGGUAUCGAAGAACUCUUCUUUAGUUUAACUAAGCUUAUGACACAACGACACACACAACGAGAACAAGAAAACAGUUCGGUGCGUUUGCUGCAAGGUGGCCGUCCCGCUAAUAUGCUGAUUGUUGAAGAUUCCCAAGACGGCGAUGAUGAGGCACCAGAAGUGCCCGAAUCAAAUCGUGCCUGCUGCGGCACCGGAUAAUUUCGAGUUUUGUAUAUUGAACGUUACUUUCAGUGUGGAACUGGACUGAGAGCCACAGCCCUUGGGUAGGCGCAGCUAUUUUGUUUAACAUACGCUGGAGAUAUUGUGAUAAAUUAUUUAAAUAAAUUGUACAUUUAAUUUGUUUAACAAUUAGUUUAACAAUCAAAUUCCUUAUAAAAUUUCUAUUUCAAAAUGGGUUGUGAAAUGCAACUCAUUGCUUCUGAUAGCAAAUAACUUAGUAUAAACUUGUACGUAU